AUGGUCCGCCCACCUACCCUUCAAGGCGCAUUGCGCAGCCUUCGCGCUCGCCCAGUCAUCCCGCGGCAGAGGUUCUUCGGUGUCUCGGCCAGAUGCUACAACGAAAAGACACAGGCGUCCUUCAAGAGCCAGCUGUAUGAGAGCACGCAGCAACGCCUGAAACGCGAGCGCGCCGAUCAGGAACGCUUCGCUCAGUACCAGACCGAGUCCACUGGUGGUCGGUAUGCUGCCUUGUUGUUUGUGUUGGUUUUCUUCUCUACCGGCUCCUACUAUCUUGGCUCGCUCAAACCGGCCGCCCUACCUGAAUCCUCAACGACCAGUCUCUCCGAUCUCUCCGAACUGAAGCACAAUGUCUCCCAGUCAAACCUCCAGGCCGCGUGGGCGGAUUUCGUGGACAUCCUGGGCAAAGAGCAUGUCUCCACCUUGGAAGCAGACCUGAGAGCACAUGCAGGAUCAGACUGGUCGUCCUAUUCUCUCAAGGAGAAGGAAAAGUAUUUUUUGGUUCUAUACCCCAAAACCACUGAGGAGGUCUCCGCCAUUAUGAAGAUCUGCCACAAGCGGGUCAUCCCAGUCACCCCCUACUCCGGCGGCACAAGUCUGGAGGGCCACUACGCGCCGACGCGCGGCGGAGUCUGUAUUGAUUUCAGUCGGAUGGAUCAGAUCAUUCAGUUGAACAAGCAUGACAUGGACGUGGUCGUCCAGCCGGCAGUGGGAUGGCAAGAUUUGGACGAGGUGUUAGCCGCGGAUGGUCUCUUCUUUCCCCCGGACCCGGGCCCUGGUGCUCAGAUCGGCGGAAUGGUUGGUACAGGCUGCUCUGGAACCAAUGCAUACCGGUACGGAACAAUGCGUGAAUGGGUUCUGUCAUUGACAGUAGUCUUGGCCGAUGGAACGGUUAUCAAAACCCGUCAGCGUCCGCGUAAGUCUAGCGCCGGAUAUGACCUGACCAAGAUUUUCAUCGGCAGUGAGGGCACUCUCGGUCUUGUGACUGAGGCUACGCUGAAGUUGACGGUGCGCCCCCAAAACGAGAGUGUGGCUGUUGCCAGCUUCCCGAGCAUCCAGAAGGCGGCAGAGUGUUGCACCGCUGUAGUUGAGGCAGGAAUCCCCGUGGCCGGUAUCGAGAUUCUAGAUGACGUGCAAAUGAAGUGUAUCAACGACAGCCAGAGCACUUCCCGCCAGUGGAAGCCGGCUCCCACGCUCUUCUUCAAGUUCUCUGGAACGCCUGCAGGAGUCAAGGAGCAGAUUAACAUAGUGCAACAGCUGGCCUCCAAGGCUUCUAGCCAGUCUUUCGAGUUUGCCCGCAGCAAAAAUGAAAUGAAGGAACUUUGGAGUGCCCGGAAAGAUGCUUUGUGGAGUGUCUUAGCUAAGAAGAGAAGCCCUGAGGACCGUGUGUGGACCACCGAUGUGGCCGUGCCGAUGAGCCAACUGCCCGCUAUUAUCGAGGAUACCAAGAACGAUCUGACCAAGAAUGGACUCUUGGCCGGAAUUUGCGGUCACGUCGGUGACGGUAACUUCCAUUCUAUCAUUCUAUUUAACGAGAGUGAAAAGAAGGUGGCAGAGGGUGUGAUUCACCGUAUGGUAAAGAGAGCGGUUGAAUUAGAAGGAACAGUCACCGGAGAACACGGCGUUGGAAUUGUCAAGCGCGACUAUCUCGCACAUGAACUUGGCCAAACUACCGUGGAUGCCAUGCUUAGGUUGAAAUUAGCAUUCGACCCUCUUCGCUUGCUUAACUGCGAUAAGGUCAUUCGGAUUGAGCAGCCAUCACCGGGCGAGAUUAAAGAAUGGUAA